UAAAUGGGAUCACCAUUUAGCCAGCUAACACCACUAAGUAUUUUGAGGGGAUGCAUUAUUCAUUUUAUGAAAAGAUUUUGGUUAAACUUGGGAUAAUGUAGACUUUAGAAAAAUCAGACAGUAUUCAUGUCAAGAAACUCCUUUUUAGUUUCAGCAACUGUAUCAAUAUCUUGAAGUUUUACGGUGGUAUUGGAGAAUCCUAUUCUUUGAUGUUCAGACUAUGAACCCAGAGCAGAGCUCUCUGGGUCAAAUACAAUAAAGCUUUCAUCAACGGACUCAGGGAAUACAAGGGCACUAGAGUACUCAAAUGAGCAAGACCUUUUAGCAAAGAAGUUGCUGAAUACUUCUACGUUAUCGAAGACCCAAUAGAACUCCAGUUUUACGAGUACGUGCUGGUACUGAAGAAGGAGGAGUCAAUCAGAGAGUUUUGAGAGUUCAUCGAGAGCUACAAGCACAGAGACAAGAUACAGUUCAAACAAAUCUUUGUGCAUUAUGAUAGAGAACUAGACUGAGCCCUCUUGAACUCUCCAUAUGAUGUGUUGAAGAAAUACACUUUAGAUAUCUCUUGCAUCCAGGUAGAAGGAUUGAUGAAUUUUGAACCUGAAAAUAUUGAUGAUAUCUUAAAGUAUACUUCCACGCUUACUUUGGACACUUUUGUUCACAAUUCUGAAACUCAACUAGAGGAAAAAAUUAGAGAUAUUUGAAUCAAAGAGGCUCCAAGAUUUUGAUUCAAUGACGCAGAGUUCAGUUCUUGUGAUGAUUUAGCUAACCUCGAGGAAGUUUUACCAAAAUUUAUAAGAGAAUCAUGAAGAGUAGUUUGUAUUCGAAAAUUUAAUGAAGAAGGACUAUUUAUAAUAAUAAUACUUUGAAAUUUGUUUCAGAAAGACUUUGUGAAAUUUUCCCUAGAUUUUCAAAGUUAACU